GUGAGACGUUGAACCACAUAAGGCAGCAGUUACAGUUUCAAUUAAGAACUUUGUAAAUUAAAACUUGUUAAUUUUUUAGCAAAUUGUUAUUGUUUUGAGAAAUUCAUUAUGGCAAAGUUACAAUUUUCCACCACAUUUCUUUUCAUUGUAAUGAUGAGUCUUUUGUAUCGGAGUAUGGCAGGACCUGUUGAAUUGGAAAAAUCUUCUGAUGAUGACUUAAGCACCUCGGAAACUUUUGGUUAUGGCUAUUAUCAACCUGGUUUAUAUUCUUCACCCGUAGUGGCGGCCAGAGUUCCUUUGGCAACGACUGCAGCUAUUGCCACGCCCUUGACCACUACCACAACCCUCACUUCAGCUUCUAAUGGUUAUGCUCGUUCCGGUUAUGGCUAUGGCAGUGGUUAUAAAUACGGUAGUGGUUAUGAUUACGGUAAACGUUGGGGUUAUGGUGGUGGCAGUGCUGUUAAUGAAUUUUAUCGCCGUCAUCCCGUCUAUGUUGCUUGGGGCUGAAAAAAUUGCAAUUGGAAAAGUAAACAAAAACGAAUUUGAAUGAAACAACAAAGAAAAAGUGCCAUCCAUGUUUAUAGAAAAUCACACAAAUAUUUGUUUAACUGCCUUUUAAUUAACACAA